GUUCGUGACAGAAAAGGCUUUCGAUUAAUUCAAAAUCUCACCCUGGCCGAGGCAGUUGAGAAACAGUCCUUGUUGGAAGCGGCUGCCUGAGGGACUGCUUGCCGUAUGUCAUUUGCUGUAUUUCAUUUUGCUAAAUGCAGAAAAAUAUGCCAAUUGUCAAAACAAACAGUGCCAUUCCAUUUGCAUAUCCAGCCAUCCCCAAUUUAGGAGAGGAGGAAAAACAUUUUCCAUGAGCUAACUACAAACCAGGGGGAGUCCUGCUUUCCCUGAAUUUCCUAAAAUGCGGACUUCCUUACCCAGUUUAAUGGUUUUUGAGAGAAGAAUUUGAACUGGGCCAGUGAAGUUCCAAAGGAGACUGAGUCUGUCGCGUUUAAUGACCAUCCCCGCGGUGGCCAUAUCAGGGGCAGAUUUCAGACCUCUUUACUUCUCGAAUUGAUUUCUAAAUCUUUACUCUAUUGCAGUGAAAAAUUGUAGAGCCUCAGAGCCCUUCAAAAAUAAUUUCCAGUGCCUUUAGAGUUCUAAAUUCAUCAACCUUUUAGAGACUUCAAAUAAUGAGAUUAUUUUUCUUUUCAAUUUUGAUAGCUCAUUUUUUUUUAUUUUUAAUAGCAAUUCAGCCUCUGUGAGAGGUGGCCAAGGGAAAAUGGCUUUGUUAUCUAUUUCACUGGCUGAAACCCACAACUCCCCUGCUGGUCUCUGCGUGUGAAUUUUGGGGCCAGAGCUACAAAUUGGGAAUGUUUCCCGCCCCAGCAGGUGAGCUGUACCUUGCCAAGGGCCAAGCUCCUUGUGAACGUAAUAUUUCAGGUGAGGAUGAUUUUCCAAAAGGUGAUUUUCCUUAAUCCAGUGGCGUUCAAUGUAACCUGGGUGUUGUGUUGUUAUUUUAAACAUGGCAUUUUCUCUCCGUUACGCUGAGAUAGAAUUGGGGGUAUAAUAAUUUUCCGCAUACGAGUGACACAGAUUCUUUCAGUCUGUAGCCCCAGAGGUGGCAUGUGGUUAAAACUUAAAGGCUGCAUUUUAUUCCUUUUCAUAAUGCGCAGGAACGGGGAGCCCUGGUGCUUGGUGCUGGACUUUCAGCAGGCCCCCAGGCCACAGUGUUUUGGUUGAGUGAUCUGGACCAGCCAGCUACAGAGAGAGGGAGAGAGAGAGGGGAGAAGAGGAAGAGGGAGUGAGAGAGAGAAGGAGCGAGAGACCGAGACCCCCUUUCUGAGCUGCAUAAAGAGGCAGCCCAGCUCCUUGCCCGGCUCCUUGCCCGGCUCCUUGCCUAACUCCUUGCCAGGCUCUGGCACUCUGGUUUCAUUUUGCUCCCGUUCUCUUCAUGCUGUUUGCCGCAGGAGGAUAGGAGAGUAUUUUAGCUGGCUUCUCCUCCUUUAGAUAUUUCAAAGAGUCCUCCCUGAAAGCUUGUCCUCAUCUUAAGAUUUGGAACUCAGACCAGGUCUGAGAGACACAUUGAGAAUAAAGGGAGAGAAAUGGGGUGGAGCGGGGCUGAGAGACCCCACGCUGCGUCUGAAACCAUCUGCCCUGGAUCUUCUACCUUUGGGAAGGCUUCUUAAAGUCCCCACUGUGUGUGGGCCACUCACUGGAGUGGGUAGCUCGAGAAGUUUCCCCCUAUCUGGUGGCAGUCAUGGCGAGGGCCCCUUCCAUUCCUUUGGGAAUGUGGGCAACUUGGGGGAAAUUGUGUUUGGGGGCUUUAUCUAGUAAGGCAGAGUGGAGGGGUAUGUCAGGCCAGGAUGUGUUGGGUCACCCCCCCAGAUCCCCUAGACUUCUGCAGUCUGAGGCCCUGAUGGUCAGUGCCAGAAGGUUGACCAUGUGCUGGGCGUGAGCUCAGAGCUGGCUCAGUCUGGCCUUCACAGCCCCGAUGCAGACCUCAGGCCUUGGGGGUGGCCUCAGGGCAUCUGUUGCUCCCCAUUGAGUGGGAAGAUCCCUCAGUGCAACACCUUGGGCAGCCAUGGAGUCCGGGCACCGUCUGGGCUGCUUUGCUUGUCUUUGUGGCCACCCUGCGCAUCUUUGUGCUGUGUGUCUGCUACCUGGGCGCAAAGACUAUGUGCUUGGCUCAGAUUCACUCGCUGCCCCUUCCUUCAGCCACUCCGUCCUUGGAAGGUCCAGGGCCUUUCAGGAAAAGGGGAAAGGAGGUCAGUGAUGGAAGGGCCCAAAAGCUCGUUGCAGGCUACUUGGUCUCCUGGCCGGGGCAGCUCUGCGGUCCACGGGAACGCAGUUUGCAUGAAGCCAUGUCUGAUAACCAUGUUCCUUCCUGGCCCGAUAAGAUGCAGCUCAGCAGGUCUCAAAGAUAUUGCAAAUAACAUGGAAGCAACCCUAAUACCAAGUCAGAAACCAUUUCCCUCAAGGUUAAAAUCCUGCUGCAUCUCAGACUGGCCUUAGCUGGGUAGAUGGUGUCUCUAAAUAGCGUCCAGUUUUGACAGAUACAGUCUGCUUCAAGAGACCCGUGGCUUCUGAACAUCCCAAGAUUCCCAGCCCCAGAGAGGUGGCAGCUGGAGUAGCCUCCACUUCUCGUAAGACUCGUAAGACUCGGAGAGAUGCCUCAACCUCGCUGCUUUCAAGGAGAAGGGACUGCUGGUGUGUGACCCAGCCCCAGCCUCUGUCCCAAGGCUGGAUUUGGUUCUAUGGCUAGCUGGUCCUCCCUGCACUGGUUCAAGUGGCCUUUCCCCAUAAACACCAAUAAUCAGUGGUGACUUGUAUCCUUGAAUUGCUGGGACUCUGGGCUAGGAGUUAGAAGACCACAUCUUGCAGUGUAAACAAACCACUCCCCUUCUCCCCUGGGUCUUCUCAUCUCUAACAUGACCAGGUGAGUGUAAGGGCUUUGGGGACAGCCCGGCACUUUCCCUCCCAACAUAGUUGGGGCUCCUGCCAUGGUCCCCCAGUUAUCCCCGUUCCCCCUCCCUGCUGGCAAGAAAUGAAGAUCCCACAUUGGAGGGAAGAAAACACAGGGUCCUGGGAACUUCAGCACAUGGCUCAUAAAUCUUUGGGGGUCCACAUCCUCUCCUCUACCCUGAGACUGCCUGGGGGUUACCUCUGGGCCUGGGAGAGGCUUGUGAGCCGUACUCAAAGCACAGAGAGCAUAGUUCCCAGGUCCCCCUUAAAAAAUGAAAACUGAAAACAAACAAACAAAAAAAACAAAAAUAAAACAACAAAGAGCCCUGGUGGCUGAGCUCCUGCCUCCUUGCUCCUCACUCCUCCCUAAACCCCAAAACUAGACGGGGUGUUGAGCAAGGUUGACCUGAUGGGAAUUUAUUGAUAACCAUAAACCUGAGGUGGGUAGAGAGAGUAACACCAAGAAAAGACACCCUUGAUUAAUGUGUAGAACCAAGUUUCUUGUAGAAUGUGCUUAGGUCUUGGAGGCUGUGCCUGGCACCUCGUGGAAUGUUUGCCCGUGUCAUCCCUGGACCAUACACUCCUGACUGUGUGGUGGAAGUGGACAAGUAGAGAUCUGAGGGUUUAUGCUUUGGGGGCAGCCAGGCCAGGGAUGGCUGGGGAGCUGGACUCCAGGUGAGCAGGGCACAUUAGGCUGAGCGACCAGUGACUGCCUUCUGGCAUCACAUACUUUAAAUGUUUUCCCAAACUUUGAGAAGCAUUCCCCGCCUGCCUCUUUCAUGCGUGGCCUCAGCUCACCAAGGUGUUUGAAAUGUUUGCUUUUUGACAUGGCAUGUGAGGAAGGGGUGGAAUGUUUUAUGGAGCUUGGAAGACUGGGCUGCCGCAGCCAGGGACGGCCACUGCGCCUGGGAGGACGCCACCGCCUGGACUUGUGUAAGCCUUUCUCUCACUUUUGCGACAUGCCUGCUGUGCAGCCAAGGCAGAGAGACGUAGUUUGUGUACAGUUUGAUUUUUGAACGUGUCUUUCUGGUGCUAUGCUUUUUUCCAGUGUCAGGCUUGUGGAGAUUUUAUCCUGGGGCUGUGAGGGUGUGAAAAGCUGAAGUGGAGGAAAGAGGGUGGGUUGACAGAUCGACGAGCUUGCUGGCAUUGAAGGUCCCUUUAAGUGACUAGAGUUGGGGAGCAUUGGGAAGGAAUCCCUCGCCUCCUCAGCCUGGGGUACAGCUUUGUGCUCAGUCUAUGCCCACCCAGGCUGGAAGGUCAUAGAGGCCAGAGAGUGCCCUCUGACCCCUGGCUCAAUGGCCCUUGGCUCUGGGCCUUCCCUUUCCCAGCAGCCCCUCUGGGCUCUCUCUGCCUCUCUGUUAUUUUUGCAGGCGGGCUCCCCAAUGGAGCCUUUCCCUCUCAGCUGAAUCCACAUUCACCAGCUCAGGCCCUCUGCACAAGCCAGCCGAGGGUUUGUGUGACCUUGGGCAAGCUACCUCAAGCUCUCUGGGCUCAUUUCUCAACUGAAAAAUAACAGGAUCAUCCAAUAAGGCCAUUGUUAAGAUAAAUGAAUCCAACACAUGUUGGACUCACUUACUCCAUAGUAAGGACUCACUGUUAGUUGGUAGGGUUUACCUGGGUAACAGAAGAGAAAGGAAUCCUGGAACUCAACUGCUUAUAUCAGGCUAAACUGCUUGGGCAGAACAGUGCACAUGCCCUAACUUCCCCUGUUUAGACCCUUUAAAUCACUUCUAGGAACAAGGUGAGCUCUAAAGAAAUCAGUGAUUAGGAAACUCCUGCCCUGCUUUCUGGGCUUCAUUCAGCAUGAGGCGAAUGGCCAAAGGUUCCCAUCCACCCCCACCGCAGAGAAGCAGUAGAAGACCCUGCUCUACCCUCUUUUCAUCCUUUCGAAGUAGGAGAGGAAAGGAGGGGAGGAGAACAUCUUCUGGGUUUUGGUAGGAGGUAAGUGAGGACUCUGGGUUCCCUACUUAUAAUGCCUCAACUCUCCUAGCUCGUGGGGGGGGUGCCCCAUACCUCUCCUCUCUAGAGGGCCUCAUUCCCUUUACUUACUCCAGGCACAUCUCGUUGAGUCUCUGUAACACCUGAGGUGGUCAGAUCUCAGAGAACCCACCUUUGGAGGAAAUUGUGUGCGUUCUGCUCACAUUUCUGCUAUUUACUGCCUCCGAUGUCUUAGGGUGUUCUGUGCCCUGCCUCAGUUUCACUAUCUGUAAAAUGGGCAAGUCCCCCCUCUUUCAUAGAUUUUGUGAGGGCCCUCAAGAGAACUUCCACACGGCCCUUAGAGGCCGCAUAUAGCAGCUAUUAUAAUGCGAUUGUUUUUAUGGUGUUAUAACACUUCCCAGUGGGGGACCCGAGAUGAGGUAACUUCCUGGCCUCAGUUUCCCAGUCUGCAGAAUGGGAAUGAUAAAGAUUUCUGUUUCUUAGGGUUGCUAUGAGGAUGGAAUGACCUAACACAAGGAAAACACUUAGAACAGUGCCAGCACAUAGUAGCCUCUAGUACAUUUUACUUAUUAAUAGUAUCCUUAUUAUCAUCAACUUCUCCAAUGUUUUUUAGGAUGUCAGUGAGGUGACCUGGCUAAGUCCUGCUUAUUUUUGCCCUCAUUCUUCUCAAACAUAUUGCAUAUAUGGUAGGAUUAUUGUUAACUGUUUUCACACUUAUUAAGGAAAGUAUAUAUUUGGAGAGAUGACCCACAUCAUCAUUAACUGUGCUUCUUUUAUUUACUAGCAGAGCAAAGAAGGGUAGAUGCUCCUGUUGGCGAGCAGGCAGUGAUUAAAGCUCAUCUCUCCCCUUCAGCCUCUUUUUUCAGAGGCCUCUUUGGUUCUGGCUGGUGCCUGGCCUCCGCCCAGCGUGCCCAAGGAAAAGGGUUACUCCCGAAAGGUUGGGGCUGGUAAUGGUACCGUCUGCCCUCAUCUCACGCUGAACCCGAUUUCCGCUGGGGCCCCAGGGUUGGAAGCUCCGAGGUCCUUCCCGCAGCAUCCGGCCAUCUCAGGGCUUUCCUGCUGGCUGGUAGAAGAGCCCGCACUGACUUCAGAGAUGAAUGCGCUUUUCUGGGAUCUGAAGACUUAUGAACCUUCAGGGAACUUUCAAUCUCUAUCUGGCUCUCUGGGACACCCACGGCUGUCUCCCAGACUCGGCAGUCACCCUUUACCCCCGCCCCCGGACCUCCGCUCGGUCCUCACCCGGCAGAGCUUCCGCACGAGGGCGCAUUGGCUCUGGGACGCUAGGGUCUUGUGCCAUGCGAUCCCCGGAAAUAAGCCCCGGCGCGAUCCUUCCUAUCGCAGCUCCUCCUAGGCUCAAGUUUAAGUUUCAAAACUCUUCACCUGGGAGCCUAGGCUCCAUCCCCGCGAGGGAGCGGGUUGGAGUGUCGGGCCGGAGCUUUACAACUGGAACCCCUGGGAGACGUUGCAAACUUCUGCAAAUGCGCGGGGCUGGAUGCGCCUCUCCAGACCGCGACUAGAACUUGGGUUUUCUUUUUUCUUAACCCCUACCCCCCACCCCGUUUACUAUCAGUGCCCGCCCACUAGCCGCGCGUGUCUCCGCCCGCGUCCGGCCCAUGCCCAAAUUGGGUGGUGGUUAUUACUGUAUGAAUCCAAGCCCGGAUUUGCCUUUAGAGUUUAGAAGAAGCGUCGCUGCGGGUGUGCCCUUCGGGAAGAGGCAGGGAUGUGCGCGCUGGACUCCGGGUGCCGCGAAGCACCAGGAAGGGCCCCGGGUGCAGAAAUGGGAGGAGGUUGAAAGGGGUGCUCUGGUGAGAGCAAGAGAUCCAGAGAGAGGACAGCGUCCCGCCCCCCUCCGGGCAAGAAGGCCAUCCUCAAGACCUAGGCCCAGGAAAGCGCAGAAUAUAAAGCAAGAGACCCGCAUUCACAAAUACCAGCUCUCCCGCGCCAGCUGCCAAAUUCCCCUUUUAUGGCGUGUCUUGCUUGGAACCUCAGCGCCAUCAGAAAGACUUUAGUUUCUCCCCCCAUGAACUUUCCAAUCGGGUUUAUUCUGAAACUUUCCUGAACCGAGCUGUGGACCAGGUAACCCAUGCCCUCUCCAGCUCCCCUGCGCCUGAUGGGUUGGCUUCAGGAAAGGUUGGGCUCCUGGAGUCCUUUUCCCGGUGUCCCCAGGGAGCCCUGGAGGUCCGAGCUUGCUGCCUUUGGGAUGCUAGGGCCCUGGCUAGUGCUCUGACUUCUUCGGGGCGUGUCCGAAUCUUUCCAAGGACUGCAUCCUUUUCUCAACAGACUCCCAAACCUCUUAGUUAGAGCUCGCCUCUCCCCCCAACAAAUGUAAAGCUUUCAAAGACUUCAGAAGGCAUUUUGCGAGACGGUGCCAUCUCUACAUCUCCUAUUAAGCCUGGGAGAAGAAACCUUUUCGUGGGAGGCCCUGGUAUUUCGGGGCUCCCUCAAGCCAGCGGUAAAACUCAUCCCUGUUCCCUGCCCCCCACCAUCUCCACCUCUCCUUCCUGGCCCGGCAGACCCCGCUCCCAGCCACCGAGGUCCACAUCCUGCCUCGCUGACUGUGUGUGCUUACAGCGUCAAGGGGUGGACGUGAUAUUUCAAACAUCAGAUCAGUGCGUUUAUAUAUUGGGUGCCCGGAAAUUUUUCCAAAUAAACACAGCUUGAUUCAACUUGGGUGGGCGGACUUAUCAACAGACUAAUUCUAUAAACAAAUGAAGGAAUAGCCCCGAAACCGAUUGGCUGGUAUCAAAAAGACACGUGGAGGGAAAAGCUUGGAGUUUUUCAGCAAUGAAAUUUUAAUUAAUGUGGGUGGGCUGAGAACACAACGACUGUUUAUCAUAGACAAUUUAUUUUCCAGCGCUAAGUCAACAUAUAAUAGCAAACUUACAACAAUUAUUUAACAUUUUUAAAGCCAUGAAGAAGGGACAGAGCGCGGAGCGGCCGGGGAGAGCGGCAGAGUGGGAGGCAGACUUUCGGCGGGCUCCCCAGGAGGGCCCUUGCGGCGCAGGGCGCAGACCCUAAGCCUCCCGGUCGCCUGCGUCGCAGGGAGCGCAGCGCCGGCUCCCACUCGCCAUGAGCCACCUCUUUGGUUCCCAGCUGCCUGCCCUGGCUGCCUCGCCCAUGCUCUAUCUGUACGGCCCCGAGAGACCCGGGCUGCCUCUGGCCUUCGCCCCCGCAGCCGCUCUUGCUGCCUCGGGCCGGGCGGAGCCCCCUCAGAAGCCGCCCUACAGCUACAUUGCGCUCAUAGCCAUGGCAAUCCAGGACGCGCCCGAGCAGAGGGUCACGCUCAACGGCAUCUACCAGUUCAUAAUGGACCGCUUCCCCUUCUACCACGACAAUCGGCAGGGCUGGCAGAACAGCAUCCGCCACAACCUCUCCCUCAACGACUGCUUCGUCAAGGUGCCGCGCGAGAAAGGGAGGCCGGGCAAAGGCAGCUACUGGACGCUGGACCCUCGCUGCCUGGAUAUGUUCGAGAAUGGCAACUACCGGCGCCGGAAAAGGAAGCCCAAGCCCGGCCCCGGGGCCUCGGAGGCCAAGCGGGCCCGUGCCGAGACGCACCAGCGCGGCGCUGAAGCGCAGCCCCAGGCGGGGAGCGGGGGAGGGCCUCCGGGCAGGCCUCCGGGCCCCGCGACCCCCAGCCGCGAGGGAGCGCCGGCACACCCAUGGCCCCUCCCGGAAGGCUCUUCUACGCCGGCACCCUGCCUCUGGCCGGAGCCGGCGUCCCCAGAGGAGGCUGCGGGGGACGCCGUCCAGGGCGCAGCGGCGGUGGUCGUGGGCCAGCCAGCGCGCAUGGUGGAUGGUCCGGGGUCCCCUUUACGCCCUGUCUCUCGCAGCUCUCCGAAGGGCUCCGGCAAGUCCAAGAGCUUCAGCAUAGACAGUAUCCUGGCGGGACGACAGGUCCAUAAGCCGGCUGAAGGGGCUGAGCUCCUGAGAGGCGCCAAGCAGGGGCCUGGCGGCUGUCUGGGUACCUCGCUUCUGGCCACCUCCACUAGCCUCCGUCCCCCGUUCAACGCUUCUCUGAUGCUCGACCCACACGUCCAGGGCGGCUUUUACCAGCUCGGAAUCCCUUUCCUUUCCUACUUCCCUCUGCAGCUCCCUGACACAGUGCUUCACUUCCAGUAAAGCGAACAGCGGCGCUGUUCUUUCCCUCGCCCUGGUCAGAGCUUCUCUCUCGUGAGCCGCCACGGCUCCCACCGCUGGUGGUAGGAGUCACUUUUUAAAGAAUGAUCUUUUCCUCGGCUGAGGUGUGGAUCCUGGGAAAUGCUUCCAACUUCUGCGCGCAGGUGGGCAAGCUCACCUGGCUCCUCCAAGGGGAUCUCCCCAGAACCAGGAGCGGCUUGGGGUUGAAAAGACCCUGCCCAGCUGGGACUUCAGCAUCUCAGACCUCUUACCGUGGGAGCAGGGGAAUUCCUUGACCUUAGGUCAAUCUAAUGGCGGGAUCUACAGCCACCCACUACAGGUCCUGUGUGUUUGGGGCACCCGAGGGCCCAGACAACCCAAGAGCAGGACAGACACAUUGUGGUUGUUUCAAUCUGAAAGCCACCAUCUGACCUUUGCCGGCUGGAUUGUCGCUGUGACUCAGGCCUUGGCUUUGACCCAUCUGAGUGAUGGGUGUUCACAGUCGAGGUGUGCCCCUCCCCCCCUCCACUCCCACCCUGGCGGAUGACCCGUUUUUCAGGUUCUUUGGCAGAUCUAGGGCCUGGUGAGGAUUUAUGACCGAUGUCCAGGUGAAAGAUGAGAAACUACACUUUUAUUUUAAAUAGAAAAAUUUUCUCUUUUUUUCCUUUCUAGACAGUAAAAGGAACAUGCUCUCUUCUUUCACUAAAUACUUGACUCUUUUUACUAUAAAAAUUGCCCUGUGAGAACGUUUAUAUUAACAACUUCUGCUAAGAACGUGCACUCUAUGUAAUAUAGCAUUGUGUUACAUUAUUCUAGCUCAUUAGUCGAUACAUAUGUUCUCCAAUGCAUGUUACCAACGAUAGCAGUCAUCUUAUCUUUUUGCUUUUGUUUUUAAGGGAUCAAAGAUUUCAGGGGAGGCCGGAGGUGUGUGAAGGGGAGGGAAGAUGUCUCAGACAACACAGGAUUUUCGAUUUCCAUGUUUGUUUUCGAGAUCUAGAGUUGACUGUUGCUCCAUUUUCCAGAAUUGUGUAAUGAAGGACUACUAUUCAUCAAAAGAUGUCGGAGGAAACAAACACAUGAAGAGAAGAUACAGGGAGAGAUGGGUUGGUGCUGGAAAGAGUAAGGGAAUCUGCUGGUAUCUACUGGAGGCUGCUCUCUGCACCCCCAAGCAUAUGAGGCAUGGUGGGAGGAUUCUUUCAGACAUUCUCUGGUGACUGCAUCCUAGUCUGCAACCCAGAACCCCCUCCUCACUCCAGCCCCUACCAAGCAGACCCAGAGCCUGCAGGUAAAUAAACCCCCUAUGGAGGUGACCAGAAGUCUGGUGGGAGGGGUGGGCCACAUGGCAGGGGUCUGCAACAAAGAUCUGGUUAAGAAAAUUGAGAUUUUCACAAUCCUGUUCAUCUUGGAACUUUUGGGAAAUGCAUCUAACCUCUUGGGGUUGUCUUAAGGGUUCUGAAACUUGAUUUCCUGAACCACCGAGUUAAUUUUAUCUGAUGCGGGAAAAGCACAAUAAGUCAUGAGUUCCUGGAGGUGGGCUGAGAUAGGUCUUCAAAGUAACUUUUUAAAUAGUUUCUAGGAUUUACAUAAAAAUGAACACAAACUUUACAAUGAGAAAGACGAUUGGUUAAUAUGUUGGAAAGGACAUUUAGGACAAGCAUAAUAAUAAUUACUAGGCACAGAGUUGACUUUCUGAGAAUUCAUCCUGAAAGCCAUGUGCUACUGACUCAUAAAUGUUUCCUUGACAGCUUUCUAUCAGGCUGGUGGGAACACUUUAGUGAGCUGCAGAGUGCCCUUGACUUUAAGAACUUUGAUGACAUCCCAUCGCUGAGAUCUAGGCUCACUCUGAUUAACUUAAAACGUGGUGGAAGGGUUGUCAUUGGCUAUUUUGUUAUCUCAAAGUCUCAGUGUCUGUGAAUAAAGUUGUAUUUUCAUUAACCUCUCAA